UUCAGCGUCAUAUCCCUCGCCGCUGGAGGAAUGUCGAGACCGAAUGAUUUAAAAAUAGCAUCUUCUCUCCUCUGACAGCCUUCUCUAGUGACUCCCUUAGCAUUGUGGUGCGAGAAGCAGGAAUGCGAAGAUGGCUGCAGAUUUAGGAGAGCUGCUUGUCCCUUAUAUGCCCACCAUCAGAGUUCCCAGAACAGGAGACAGGGUUUUCAAGAGCGAAUGUGCCUUUUCCUACGAUUCUCCCGAGUCUGAGGGAGGCUUGUAUGUGUGUAUGAACACAUUCCUGGGCUUUGGCAGAGAACAUGUGGAGAGACAUUACCGUAAAACCGGACAGAGUGUUUACAUGCUCCUCAAACGGCAUGUCAAAGAGAAAGCCACAGGUGCCGCAGGAGGCGCCAUCUCCAGAAGAAGAAAUGGCAGAGUGUUCCUAGAUUUAGAACUGAACCGUGAUUUUAACGGGGAUGAGUAUGAGUGUGAAGACGAGGCCAAGCUCGUCAUAUUCCCAGACCACUUCGAGAUCCCCUUACCAAAUAUUGAGGAGUUGCCUGCACUGGUGACAAUAGCCUGUGAUGCCGCGCUCAACGCUGCGUCAGCCUACAAAAAGCAGGAGUCUGACUCCUGGGACGAGGAGAUCCAGGUCUCCAAACACGCCAGGAGUCUCCGACAGCAGGACAACGGAGUGAGGAUCCCACCCAGUGGUUGGAAAUGUCAGAAGUGUGAGAUGAGAGAGAACCUGUGGCUGAACCUGACGGACGGAGCGGUGCUUUGUGGGAAGUGGUUCUUCGACGGUGCUGGAGGAAACGGCCACGCCCUGGACCACUACAAAGACACCAACUUCCCUCUGGCAGUCAAACUGGACAACAUCACCGCAGAUGGAGCAGAUAUAUAUUCGUUUGAUGAAGAAGAAGCAGUCCUGGACCCUCACAUAUCCGAACACUUGCAACACUUUGGAAUAGACAUGCUACAGAUGCAGCAGAAUGGAACAGAAAAUGGCCACCUCAACACAGACAACACAGAGAGCGUUCGGCCUCGGGUCAGCGAGUGGGAGGUGAUCCAGGAGUCGGGCAUGAAGCUGAAGGAGGUGUACGGCUCAGGUUUCACGGGCAUCAAGAACUUGGGUAACAGCUGCUACCUGGGCACCACCAUGCAGGUCCUUUUCAGCAUCCCAGAGUUCCAGAGGGCGUAUGUUGGAAAUCUACAGAGGAUCUAUGACUACUCACCUCUUGACCCCACCACGGAUUUCAGCACACAAAUGGCUAAACUGGGCCACGGACUUCUCUCAGGCCUGUACUCCAAACCACCAAUGAAAUCCGAGCUCAUUGAACAGGUGAUGAGAGAAGAAUACAAGCACCAGUCGAAGGGCAUCUCUCCCAAGAUGUUCAAAGCCAUGGUCAGCAAGGGCCACCCCGAGUUCUCCUCCAACAGACAGCAAGACGCACACGAGUUCUUCCUGCACCUCAUCAACCUGGUCGAGAGAAACAGUGCUGGCUCAGAGAACCCCAGUGAUGUCUUCCGCUACCUGGUGGAGGAGCGUGUGCAGUGCUGCCAGACGCAGAAGGUGUGCUACAACCAGAAGGUGGACUACCUGAUGCAGCUCCCGGCCCCCAUGGAGGCCGCCUCCAACAGAGAGGAGCUGAUAGCGUAUGAGGCCAAGCGAAGAGAGGCAGAGGAGAACAUGAGAGCCCCUCCAGAGCCUGUGAGGGCCCGGAUCCCCUUCACAGCGUGCCUGCAGGCCUUCACAGAGCCAGAGAACGUCCCCGACUUCUGGAGCUCAGCACUGCAGGCCAAGUCAGCUGGAGUCAAGACUUCCCGUUUCGCCUCCUUCCCAGAGUAUCUGGUAGUGCAGAUUAAGAAAUUCACAUUUGGGGUUGACUGGGUUCCAAAGAAAUUAGAUCUAUCCAUAGACGUACCAGACUUCCUGGACCUGUCUCGACUCCGGGGCACAGGGCUGCAGGCAGGAGAGGAAGAGCUCCCUGACCUCACCCCCCCCAUCGUCCUGCCUGAAGACACCAGAGAUGACUCAAUGAACUCCUCAGAUUCCCCAGAUAUAGACGAGUCGGCGGCGAUGCAGCUGGCGGAGAUGGGCUUCCCUCUGGAGGCCUGUCGGAAGGCCGUUUACUACACAGGGAACAUGGGCCCUGAAAUGGCCUUCAACUGGAUCAUAGCCCACAUGGAGGAGCCUGACUUUGCUGAGCCCCUGGCCCUUCCUUCCUUCAUGGAGCCAGGCCCCUCCAUGGCCAGCCUGGGCCUGACAGCCACCCCCCUGGACAACCAGCCUCCGGAGGAGAGCAUUGCCAUCCUCACAUCCAUGGGCUUCCCCCGCCGCCACACAGUCCAGGCCCUCAAAGCCACGAACAACAACUUGGAGAGGGCUCUGGACUGGAUCUUCACCCACCCGGAGAGGGAGGAGGAGGAGGAGGAGCCUAGUGACGACCUUUUGGACAUGUCUGACAUCAUGGAGCCCAACGACAACACCUUCUCCAACGCAAACACGAACAGCCACUCCACGCUGUCCCCAGACCAGGAUGCCUCGGGCCCCAGGAUCAAAGACGGACCCGGACAAAUCAUGGACCACAGUCUCUCCAACUACCAUCUGCAUGCUUGUCAAGGUUACGAGCUUUUUGCUUUCAUCAGCCACAUGGGAGCGUCCACUAUGUCUGGUCGUUAUGUAUGUCAUAUCAAGAAGGAAGGAAGAUGGGUGAUCUUCAAUGACCAUAAAGUGUGUUUGUCAGAAAGGCCUCCAAAAGACUUGGGCUACAUCUACUUUUACCGUCGGCUGUCUAGCUGCUAGACCUAUCCCCCCCCCCCCCCCCCCCCCCCCCCCUUGACCGUCAGCUGUCUAGCUGCUAGAACCCCCUCCACUCAACCCUCCAACCUUAGAGAACCACAGCCUGGAAAACAGAGGACAACCAUGACAUCAGUGGAAACCAUGGAAACACCUCAGACCAGCCAUGAAACAAAGGAAGCCAUCAAACUCAUCCAAGUCACUCAAGAGCAACAGGAAAAUGCUUCCAUACUUCAAGUGCAGUCAAAAAAAAGGGAAAGCAAUGUGGGUAUUUUUUGUAUGUCACUGUGAAAAUCGUGUGCUUUUGUGUAUUGAAACAUGUUAUUUUGUCUACGGUGUUGGUACAGAGGGAUGUGUGCAAUUCUUGUUAUUGGAGUGCUCUACACCUAUAGUAUUAGCCUAUCAGAUCGUGCUAUUCAUUUUCUAUGCCUUCAGCUACUGUGCCAGUAUUUUUAUUCAUGAAGUGCUACGUUUUAUAAACGUGGAGCAUUGUCCUGAAGUGGUCACGCAUCACUGCCAGGAACUAAAACUCUCUGAAGCGAAACUCAACAAAAAAAUCGCAAUGCUGCUCAAUGCUGCUGGGAGCUUUGCAUGUACAGAUGUAGGAUCUUAAUUUGACCACAGCAGGAAAAUAAUCCUGUAGCAACUGGAAAUGUGAAUUGUGUGGAUUAUAAUUAAUGGACUUUUUUGUAGGGGUUGAUACAUUUUUAUUUAGGACAAAUCAUAUGAUGAAAAAACGCAUAAUACUGUGUUUUGACAGUUCUAAAUCUUGAAAGCUUGAUCGCGGAAAUACAAAACAUUUUGGGAAUGUAUCAAAUGUGGCGUAAUGCAACGAAUACUAAAACAGUUUUCUUAGUGAUAUUUUCCUUUAACGUGUGACGCAGGAUAGAAACAUAAUGGCAUUGAAUGCAGAGAAAUGGGCAGCAUAAGCAAGUUUCAGAAUAAGGAAACACAUUUGAAAAAAACGCCCUCGUCUAAUGAUGAACACUUACACAUGGGAAUCCAUGAAUAUGUAAUAUCCUUAUUGGAGAGUCCGAUGUACGUACUGAUGGUGUCAUAAUAGUCGCAUAUCUGUCUGGUUUUGACUUGCUGAUGACAUCCUGUUUUUUUCUGGGAUUCAGAGGAGAAACGGUAACAAUUGGACGUAUCAAGUUGAGUCAAGUUCAUUUAAUUUCCCACGAGAACAGAAUCGGUUUUUUAUAUUGAAAUCUGAAAGCACUUUUUCGACAGAUUAUUUUAUAUCCUUGCUUUUCACAGAGAAACAGAGCACUAGCAUAGCAGCUACCUUGGCUCAAAUACCACAAACUGAUGUAUUCGCUUCUCUUGAAUGUGGUAAAAGCCAUGGGCUGAAUGUGUUUUAUUUUCAGACCAUGUUGCGAUUUACUCAUACUGUAUUCAUACCGUUGUUGCUUCACAUAUAAUUCUACACAUAAGUGAAACAUGCCUUGGGAUUGCCAUUUUCCUCAGAUCAGAUUGGCCAUGGUGACUAGCAAUGCAGAAUUUUUAUUUUAUUUUAAUCCUUUAGAUAAAAGGCCCACCCCAGUUUUGCAUAAUAUCUAGAAAUAUUUUGUAUACAGUAUUCUAAGGAGAUCCACUUUGGUUGCUCGCCUAAUUUGAUUUAAAAAAAUUGUGGAAGGACAGACGACACACUAACUCAUGAGGUAAACUUUUGCCCAUUAUGGUAGUCCUUAAAUGUUACCUUGUUUUGUAUUCAUAUUCGAUACGCCACCAUCUUUUUAAAUGCAGAAUGGUAUGCAUCUGAACACAUCCAACUUGUGUUACGUUAUUAUUAUAGCAAUAUGCACUGGGAUGGAAUCUCAUCUCUUGAGAAUACACCAUGUACUGUAGGUUGUGAUCUACCGUUUGUUUCAGAAUGCGUUCUCGUGCUUUUAUGACGUGGUGCAGUCCUGAAUGUAUUCCUUAUGGUGCUCACUGCAACCAAAACCUAUCUUCAGCUUUAAUGCUCAAAUCGAUCACAUAUCAAAGACCUUACUGACGCAUAGUCACCAACCCUUGUGUAUCUAUUGAUACUGUAUUCACCAUUUGCUCAAAGACUCUCUGCUCAUGCACCGAGUCACUAGGAUGCCUUCUUCUCCUGAGCCUAUACAGCCACUCUAUCAAAGACAGUUUGUCGACCUGCGUAGUUGUAUAAACAAAGUGUUGCCUACAGUUCAUUACAUAUCGACAAGGUAGUGGAGUGCAAUGUUACAUAUCAAAUGUAUUUUUUUCUUUCUAAGAAUAAUUACCUGGGACACUAGCCUAUCAAAGAAUACUUACCUGCGGCACUAUCCAAUCAAAUAAUUGUUACCUGGGGUACUAUUCAAUCAAAAUACUUACCUGGGGAACUAGCCAAUCAAAGAAUUGUUACCUGGGGUACUAUUCAAUCAAAGAAUACUUACCUGGGGCACUAUCCAAUCAAAUAAUUGUUACCUGGGGUACUAUUCAAUCAAAGAAUACUUACCUGGGGCACUAUUCAUUCAAAAUACUUACCUGGGGAACUAGCCAAUCAAAGAAUACUUACCUGGGGAACUAGCCAAUCAAAGAAUACUUACCUGGGGCAGGUUUCUUGAAAAAGUCAACAUGAUUUAUUUUUGCAUUUUAAUACUUCUCAAUUCAAUUAAAGCACUCCACAACACAAAGGGUGAUAUGAAAGAAACUAAAACUGCAUAUAAAGUCAAACAUACUUUCUUGCUGUGCAGGAUGAAUCAUGUUUUUGGACCCAUACCAGGAACCCAGAAAAUGGUUUUGAUUUACUGGAGCCUUUGGUUGUGUUUGGGAGAAGAUUACAAUUCCCCCUCAAGAUCUCCCAUCCUUGUCAGACACUCCUUGAUCAUUUGCUGUUGUGUACUUUGCCUGUGCAGUGGGGAUUCUUUAUGGUCUCUAUGUAAGUCUUUGUGUUACUGCAAUCUCCCUUCCACAUGUGAUUGUUUUUCUUAUAGAGAUAGAAUGUAUAGAGUGAAUCCCUCCUCUUUUCCAUUUAGAUUGCCAAGAGUCCUAGUGACCCUUUGUAUAACCAGGCCUACUUCACAGCCAAAGGUAUUUUUUUGUUGUUUAUUUUACUAGGAAUGUCAGUUAAGAACAAAUUCUUAUUUUCAAUGAUGGCCUGGGUUAACUGCCUUGUUCAGGGGCAGAACGACAGAUUCGUCAGCUCGGGGAUUCGAUCUUGCAACCUUCCAGUUACUAGUCCAACCACUAGGCUACCUGCCUCCCCAUCUGAUUGCUGAGGGAGGGUGUUCUGUGCAUUCUAGUUCUUUACAUUUGUCCUCUACAGGGGCUCCUCCCACCUUGGCACUCAUCCUCUUUUAGGCUGGCAGGGUGACCUCUCACCUUCAUUUACAGUGGAUAGAUUUGUUAUGGAGGAUGUCUGGGGCUAGAUUCUAUCAGUUCUGCCUUAACCCGCAAUAACCGACAACUGAAUAGCAGUUUCAUUGUUUUUAUUUAGGCGAUGUCGGAGGUGUAACUACGUUGGCGCUGUCAAAUCUGCAAACGUCUCGUUAAACCGAUCGUGGACAUUGCCAUUGGAUGCCAGCAAACGUCUCCCGGCGUUAAACCGAUCGUGGACAUUGCCAUUGGAUGCCAGCAAACGUCUCCCGGCGUUAAACCAAUCGUGGACAUUGGAUGCACCGUGUCGCAUUAGUAAUAAGCCCAUGUAGCCUUUUUACAAAUUUGAAUACUGGAAUGUGUGUUGUAACCUACACCUCAAUUAGGCUGAUAUUAUUCCAUAAUAUGAUUUUACAUUUGGGUCAUUAUUUCUAUAUAGCCUAGGCUUGCUUUCUCGUUGUGAACUUUAACGCGAAUGGAUGUGGCUUCGUGACAAUGACCACACGAACCGCUUGCUCACCGGUUUGCCAGCUCUGAUACAGUUACACCUCCGACAUGGCCAAAACACCAGCUAUGCAGUGUUGAUCUGAUUUUAAAUCUAGGCCUUCGUCUUCUGCCUUUUUUUCUCAGCCCUCCAUCAUCUCUGUCUCUCCCUCUCCACCACUCGCUCUAUCUCCCGAGGUUGUAGAUGGUAACUAACGGUUCACCUUUUGUGUCACAAAACGCCUUCGUACUGUCCGCAUGUGCACUAAGAGUUGACAUUCAGUCAUUUGGAUUGUACAAUUGUAUUUGUGUGUUUUCUAAUAUAAUUUAACUAAAUGGUCAAUGGUACUUCACCUGUUUUUACUCCUUUUUCUUCUUUUUUUUGCCAAUUCUGUAGUUUUCAUUACAUACAGAUUCCCUGAAGGGAUUAUUUAAAGUAGACUUUUGUAAUGUAUGGAUUUAUCCAAAUAUUGUUUGGGAUAUCAGUAUUGUAAUGGAAUAUGAGAAUACAUGGUUAUCACAACAAUAUAUCCGCUGGUACUGUCAAAUAAACUGCGUAUUUCUUGA